UAUCCGCGAAACAAAUGUCAAAAUCCAAAUACAGAAAAAUAAAUCGAAAAAUGGUCGAGUGAAGUCACAAAAAAUUUAUUAUUAUUUAAUAACAAAAAUAAAAAAUUCAAUUAAUUUUUAAGUUAAAUAUAAUUGCAAAAAAAUAAAAUUUUUGACAAAUAUGGCAUUAGCAAGGCCUCCAUCCUUACGUAUUGGCCAACAAGAUUUAAAAUGUCGCAAAGGCUGUGGAUUUUAUGGAAAUGCCCAAUUCGAUGGACUAUGUUCAAAGUGUUUCCGAGAACGCAAUGACAAAAGAAAAAGACAAAUUGGUCUAACUACUUCAAAAAUCGAUCCUGCCCUACUAAAAACUCAACCUGGACGACUUUCUCCCAAAAACAUUCUAACCCAUGGACAGCUGUCACCAUCUCGAAAUGCCAGUAACCAAAGCGAUCAGGGAACAUCCAAGAAAAAGUUUUCCGUCUUUCCAAAGUCCUUUCCAACACCAAAAUUACAAAGUAAAGAAAGUAAAGAAGAACAGAGGCCAUAUGUGCCUGAUCCAACAGAAAGCCAGUUUAUAUUACAACUCAAACAACUGCGAAUACCAGACGAUGCAAAGCGAAAAUUAAAAAAUGAUAUUCAACGUUUGGACAAUGCAAUUCGAACUUAUAUGAAUACUAGCAAUAAGAAUAUUGACGAACUAUCUGAGUUAGUUCAGAAUGCUUACACUAAACUCGGGGAUCUGGUCAAUUCGGAUCCACGUUUUGCAAUAACAACAAGCGAAGAACGUGAGGCGACCAUUGAUUUCUUUGAGAAAGUUGUUAUGACCCAAAAUCACAAAUUUUUAUUUUCACCUUAUUUCACUUCGGACGAAGAGAGUGAUGCCCAAAUUCAGAAACGAAUUCGACAAUUGAGCUGGAUUACUGCUAAACAUUUGGUUUGUAGUAUUGACGAAGUGAAUGCAGAAUCAAGAGAACUUGUAUACAACGCAAUAACUGAACUAGUCGGAAUAGAUUCUUACUAUUCGCCACAAGAGAAACUCGAAUGCACGGUGCGUUGUUGUCGACAUAUCUUCGCAUUACUAAAACAUGCUUCUGGUGGUCCUGCUAGCGCUGAUGAAUUUCUACCCGCUUUGAUUUUUGUCGUACUCAAAGCAAAUCCAGUACGACUACAUAGUAAUAUAAAUUUUAUAACCCGAUUUAGUAAUGCUUCGAGGCUAAUGAGUGGUGAAGGUGGUUAUUACUUUACCAAUUUGUGUUGUGCAAUUUCAUUUAUUGAAAAACUAAACGCUGAAAGCUUGGAAAUGCCUGUAGAAGAUUUCAAUUUAUUGAUGUCUGGUCAGAAAUCAUACAGUACACCUUGGGAAAGUGCACUGUUGGCAUGUGAAAGUCUGCAUCUUAUAUCGGAGAAUAUGAAGCGAAUGGAAUUAUUGAAAAAGAAGAAUUCAAAUAUUCUCAAUGGGAUCACAAAUUUAUCAAAAGAAAUGAAUGAUUUUAAGAGCGACGUUAUUCUAAAGGUUGAAGCUACACUCAGUCGUGCUCCAUUAACUGUUUUACCAAUUAAAACACCAUCUUUCCUAAUAAGCAAAAUCCGGUCUCACAACAAUAGUGCCGACUUGAGCUCAUCAUCAAACAACAAAGUAGAAUCUGAACCCCCAACUGGACAUUUUCAAACCAAUUUACUUGCGUCGAUCGAUAAUGACCAAUCUGCAGCCAUAUUUAAAAAUCAAUUGAUCCCAAUAUCGAUUGUGCCAAUUAUGAAGAAUGAUGACUUGAUGGAUCUAUCAAAAGAUGAAAAUCCAACUCCGAUUAUGUCAACUUUAUCACUUAAGGACACAACCAAAGAUCGACUGUCACCAGCUGCUGGAACUGCAGGUGUAACUACAUCUAUGUUGACUGACAAUUCCACGGAUUUGCUUUUCGCCUCACCUAUUUUCAAUUAUACGCCGUUUGAUACUGCGUCCUUGGAUGGUGUUGAAACUCCCGAUGAUUUGCUAACUACAACCACUUCAGAGUUUAAAGGUGGCCUAACAAAUAUUAACUAUGACUUUGAUUUAUCGGAUUUAAGUGGUGAGAAUAGUGUUGCUGAGGAAACGAAAUUCGAUUUGGGAGAAUUCGAUCCACUUAUGAAAAAAGACAACGACCUAACUGAACAAACUGUUGAAUUGAAUAAAGAGGAAAAGAAUAUACUCGAUGCAGACUCAUCAUUAGACUCGAAACCAAAGAGUUUGCUCGAGAGUGAUUCUCCUCCGAAUGGAGUUCAUUUGCCAUCACCAAUUAAACCAACUACUGUGACCGAUUAUAGGGGAUUUUCGAAUUUCAAUAUUCCAUCGAUAUCAUGCAACACGGGAGAUUUUAGUUCUAUAAAUAAUUCCAACAUCGAUGAUGUGUUGACAAGAGGUGGUGGUGGUGGGGGCUAAAGGGCCAAAUUCAAAAAUUAUAGUUAAACAAAAUAGGAAAGGAUUGUUUCUGUGUUAUUUUUACUUAGAAUUACAUAAUAAUUAUUGUUUAUUUUGUCGAAAUUAAUAUUUAUCCUGAGAUGAAUUCAAAAUAAAGCUGUUUCAAUGCU